AUGUUCAAUAUUUGCGCUGUAUCCCAAGGAUGGAGAGAGAUAGUAGACGUCGACGGAAGCGUAAGCACCAUAGAUCAGCCGGCCUGGGCUGUGGUUCUUAAGGCCUUAUCGGUGGCAUUCGCCGUUGUUGGUUACAUCGUGCUUCUGCUUACGAUGAUAUCCAAAAGUGAUCCAGUCAAAGGGUUUAUUGUGACGAUACUGUGCUGGUGUGCCUCAGCAGCAACACUGCUUAGUGUCAUCGGUGUUAUAGUUGGGGAACACACAACGGUGGGCCCUCAGCAGACGCUUCAGUAUACGCAAAACUACUUCUACGGGACAUUCGCUGCGGCCCAUUACGUAGUGAUUGCUGUGCUGUUAGCAAUCUACACAGGCAGUGUGCACUGGGUGCAUCUGACUCAUGAGGAAAGACGAACUGUCGAAUGCACAAGCAUCAUCCUGCGAGCGACCACUUUCUUUGUCUUUCUGCUCGGGGGUGCUGCGGUCUACGCGGCUAUUGAAGGCUGGACGUUUAUGGAUGCCUUGUACUGGGCGGACUAUACGCUUCUAACAAUCGGGAUCGGAAACAUUGUCCCGAAGACUCACGUCGGACGAAGCUUGCUAUUUCCAUAUGCCUCUGCAGGCAUCUUCAAUGCAGGUCUAGUGAUCACCUCGAUGAUGUCAUUCACCGAGAACAUUCGAGAACUAAACAUCAAAUUCAAGAUGGAGGAAGUGCACAGCGGCAUGCAGGGGCGCCGAUGUGCCGCCGAGUGUUCUAGCGACAGUCACGGUGACAGGGAGAAGCAGGCACCCGAAACGCCAGCUGAAUCUCGGUAUCCAAACAAGGCCGACCUUUUGAAGUUCCAACGCAUCAAGCGAGACUUCUACAGGAGACAUCGAUGGAUGACUUUGAUCUGGUCCGGAGUAGCACUGUUCUUCCUCUGGCUACUCAGUGCUGUUAUUUUCCGUCGUUCGGAGAGAAGCCAGAAGUGGACUUAUUUUGAGGCCCUCUAUUUCACAUACACGUCUCUGACAACCAUCGGCUACGGAGAUCUUUACCCCACCAGCAAUUUUGGAAAGGCAUUUUUCGUGUUCUGGUCGCUCCUAGCUGUUCCUGUGUUGACUAACCUUAUUACUGCCAUGGCCCAGUUGGGCUUCGAGAAGUUGACCUAUUUGUUGCGCUAUCUUUGGAGGUUCCAAGCUUCCAGACUAGGCAGGAUGGACCCCGAUGCUCAGCGCGAAAGAGAGAGAAAUAAAUCAGUCCCAGGCCCAGGCAUAGCCAACGACAGCAACACUCGUGCCUCAGAACCCACAAACUCCAUACAACCACCCAACGGUGUACAAAGCAGUUCAGCAUAUGAAAAGGAGUCUGGUAAAUCGCUCGUCCACGCUGCUCAGCGCUCCCUUUUGCUCGGCGAGGAAAUCCGGAAGCUCAUAUCUAUACUUCACAGUUCGUCUACUACUCAGCUAGAUCUGUACACCGAGUGGGACAGGAUCCUUCCACUGCUUCAUCCUGAAAGUGAUGGGCGUGACUUGUCGGAAACCACUUCUCUUGCAACGCUCUAUGGCCAUACAGGAACUGUGCUAGGAUUCGUAGACACCGACAUACCAACCAUAGACAUGAAGAAGGAAAUCCUGUGGAUGCUCAAGUCCGUGACGGAAAGGUUCUGUUCGCAUUUACGGGAGGGGCUGGAGAGAGAGCAAAGUGGAAGGUCAAACACACUGCCCUAA